GUCAGUCGUUGCUAGCAUACGUCACGGAGUUUCCUGUAGCGCUGCCUUCCGCACUUCUCACCCCCUCUCAGUUCACAAAAAACGGAAGUAAUCAGCACAAAAAAAAAAAACAGUAAUCACAAUUAAAAACAUUUUGAAAAUUGUGUGAAAAGCUGUGCUGGUGCAGAAUAUUGCAGAGAAUAGAAAUCAGAGAAGGGAAGAUUCCGAUUCCGCCAUCGAUCGAUCAAUAAACUCCGGGCAGCAACUUCUACGCUACGAAGAAUAAAGAACAAGACAAGAAAACAGCGUACAAACAAGAAACAGAAACAAAUACAAAAACAAAUAAAUAAAAGACUGAGCAACGUUCAAGCAAAUCCAAGGAACAAAACCAACAGCAACAUAAGCAAUCUCCCACAUUUGUCUCUCUAUAACUGUGAAACUAGGCCCGGCAAAAUCCGAGUGGAAAAAGCGCAACUUUGAUCUCAGCACCCACAAUAAGAAGCAAUAAGAAAAGCCAGCGCCCUCUACCGCCGGAUCAGCCGCAUUAACCCCGUAUAAUGUUAAGCAGCCUCGCCUCGUAUCUCUUUGGAUCGCCAGCAACAUCCGAUUCCAUUAGCCAAGACGCCAGCCCCGCCCAGAGCCCCAACAACCACUCGAAUCCCGACCCCUCGACCGAUCCCUCGGCGGGCGAUGUAAUUGAGGUCACCUCCUCGACGCCCUCGGUAGCGGGCAACAAUCGGGGCGCGGUACGCGCCUCCAACGGCAAGCGCGGCAAGAACAGGCGUGGCAAGCAGCAGCGGAUCAGCCAGCAGCAGCAGCGGAAGCAGCCGGCCAUCACCAAGCUACUGACGCCCUCGGGCGACUCCAUCGACGAGGACUUCGACGAGGACGAAUGGUACAUUGUGGAGAAGGAGGACGAGGAGGACGACUCCCUGCCGCGCAGCGACUCCGAGGAGGAGCUCUCCGUGGUGGAGGUGUCGCAGUCGCGUGGCGCCACCGCCCCCUCCUCCUCCGCGGGCUCCUCGGCCGGCGGCCAUGGCCCAGCGGCCGCCGCGCGCCGUCGGCAGCACCUCAACUCGCAUUCCCUGUACAGUGGGCCGCGGCCGCAGCAGCAGCGCAACUAUCUGCAACGCUCGCGCGUCGCCCGGCCGCUGAGCAUCAGCACCCUCAGCCCGCCCAGAAGUGUGCCCGCCCAGGGACCGGCAGAUCCUGACAACCUCGGCCAGUCGCUGUACGUGGCCUCGCCCAGCGGCAGCGACCAGGGUCUGAAUCUGGGUCUGGAUCGUGAUCGGGACCAGGGUGCUAACGUGCUGAUGGAGGAGUCCUGGUACGUAACACCGCCACCAUGCUUCACCUCGAUUGGGCCAAUCAAUAUGGAAACAUCACCAUUUGAGAAUCUAUUGAUUGAGCAUCCAAGCAUGUCCGUUUACUUUAGUAUUAAAUCCACCCAGGAGGGCACCGAAAGUUUUGUUAAUCUUGAUCUCGGGGUGUCGGCGGAGGUGCCGCCGCAGCAGCGGGAGGAUCCCGAGCCGGAGGCUGAGCCGCAGGACCAGCGCCAGGUCCUCCAGGAGCGGCGCUCGCAUAACGCUCGCUUCGAUCGCCAUGCGGCCGCCCAGUUGAAGCAGCAGACGCUGGCUCGUCAGAGCCAGAAGAGCAACAACAAGAAGGAGCACCAGCAGCUCUGCCGCAGUGCCAUCAAGCGGGCCAACAAGGUGCGCGACUUCCAGGCCAAGGCCAACCGCCCGCGCCGCUCGGAGAUGCAGCACUGCAAGCUGGUCAGCGGCGCCAACAACAACCGCAGCAAGUGCUGCUACUAGGCACGCACCAGGCGCACCACCCACCACCACCACCCACACGCCUCCCACGCCCAAUAAGCCGGAGGAGCAUUACAAUCAUGGCAGGCGACGCGAUUUUAAUUAGUAUUUUAACUUAACCCCCAUAAUGAAACGAGAAAAACCGCAACAAAAAUGCCACAAAAAUAUCAAAAUCUAGCAGUUAUGAAAAACACAUAUGUUUAAUUAAUUAAACUUAACAAUUAAUUGUGAAAAAACGAAAAACAAAAGCCACAAAAAAAUGUAACUAUCUGUGUAAAUGCGUAGGUUUUAACGUUUGUCGUUUCAAUUUCACAACUUAUAUGAAAAAUACCAAAAAAAUGAAAUAAAAAUUUCAAAAUGAAUAUGCAAAAAAAACCAUAAGAAAAAUGACAAAAAAAAACAUGAAUAAAAUAAGCAACAGAAAGCAACCAGAGCUAAGAAAACUAUAUUAUUUAUUUAACAAUCAAAAACACACACUGGAUUACUUUAUGGUAUGUUUUGCAGAAAGCUUAUGUUUAUUUAAGUGAUCAAUCUCUUGAAUUUGAUUUGUUUGAGUUGUAUGAAUUUUAGUGUGAAAAGUGUAUGCUUAUCGACAUAUAGCAUGUAAUGUAUUAAACCCUUGGCACCAGAUAAAAUGUUCUAUUGUAUGCCUGUUUAUGUUGGAAAUGCGCGUGCGUAUGUAUGAAACAAAAGUGUGAAAAAAUGGGGGAAAAAAAGAUAAAAACAUAUAUAUAACAGAAGGAAAAAAUCACAAUAAAAAAUGAUUAUGCUAAAACUUAUAAA